UACAUGAAGUAAGCCGGGCGUAAGGAGUAAAAGCAGAAAUAACAAUCUUGGCGUAAAAGCCACAUUCUACAAUUGCGUAAAUGAUUGUUGCGUGGUUGUUGUCGAUUGUACAGUGUUGUAAAACACAGUUUUAAACUAGCAUGUACGAUUGCAAAGCCUGUUGUAAAAGAUGGCUGAACUUCGUCUUUCACGACUACAACGAUGUAGGAUGUAAAAGCUAACCAAUCAUUCGCUUCAAUUACGACGUAUCUUAGGGACCGUCUACAUUGGAAGUAAGAACGAUUUGCUAAAUGACGGCAUUACAUUCGAGAUAGGCGAUGACGUGGGUAAUAAUGAGGAGGAGGAGGAUGAGGAAUUUCCAUAUUCACCGCACGUACAAUUCACCAAUCAGGAGAUGUUGAAUAUGUUAAAUAUGAAUAAUUUCGAGGAUGAGGAAGAGGAAGAGGAGCACGAUGCAGGACCCUCAACCAUCUACGGUAUGAGCUUCUCGAAGCUGAAGUCAAAGAUGACUAGCCUGACUCCGGAUCAAAAAGUCAUGAAGUUUAUUAAGCAAAACGGCGUAGGGGAGAUUAUACCGCAAGAUGCUCAAGUCAGUGUUCAUUACCUUGGAAACCUUGAGUACAGAGAUGAGCCUUUCGAUUCCACUUACUCGAGCGGCAAGCCGAGAACGUUGCGUUUAAACCAGAAUUUUAUCCUACCUGGCUUAGAGAUUGCAAUACGUUCUAUGCGAAAGCAUGAAAAGUCGGUGUUUAUAAUACACCCAGACUUAGCUUACAAGGCCAUCGGUUGUCCACCGCGUAUUCCACCUAAUGAGGAAGUAGCAUUUAUUGUUCAUUUGAUCGAUUAUGUUGACAAUGGAUCCGCACUUACGUAUCAAGACCUCAAUGCAGAAGAGAAGCAAUCAUUUAACCAUGUGGAGCUGCCUAUAAUACAUAUGCUUGCGACUGCCAGGGACCAUUUUACAAAGUUUAACUUUAAGCAGGCGAUACGAGAAUAUAGAAGAGCUAUUGAUUGUUUGGAGUCCGUCAAGCUGAAAGAUAUCUCGGAAGAGAACAGAAUGAACGAACUUCUCUCACGAGCUUGCACAAAUGUAGGGAUUUGUUACAACAAGGAAAAACUGCCUUUUAAGGCUUGCCUAGCCUUGGGACGAGUGCCAAUACCAACAGCUAAAAGCUAUUAUAAUUUUGGAAUAGCUUUGCUAAAUAUUGGGGAAUACGACUGUGCUAUGAAGGAGUUACGCAAAGCCCUCGUGUUGGAGCCUCGCAAUAACUCGAUACAAAAAGCGAUUCAGACAACGAACGCGAAACAAUUAAAAUAUCGCGAGAUAGAAAGAAGAUUAUGGCAGAACUGCUUUAGAUCAAACACGGAAAAGAAAAAAGUUACCGAAUUUCGGAAAGCCGUGAGUGAUUUGUGUGAAAAUCUUAUCCAGAGUAACGACGUAUUAAGACAAUCCCUCUCAGAAGGCUUCACAAGAGAAGAGUAUGAAAUUGUACGUGAAGAGGCUGCUAUACACGGAUUGAAUGUUGUUACAUCUACCAGACAUGGCAAAGAAACUGUAUACCUCCAGAAGAACAAGCCAUAAAGUUUCAUUUCUAUUUUUUCAAAUUGCAAUCAAGAAUCUAGUGAAUAACCUAGUAUUGUUUGGUAUUCCAUUUUUUAUAAUUUUUUUACGUUCAUAACUUAACAUGUUGUAGUAUUAUACAAAUAUAACGUGUUACCUUCGAGUGAUUCCACUGUAAUGCCUAUAUGUGUAUUAUAAUGUGACCAAAGAGGCUUACAAUUAGUUCUUCCAUUAAAAUAUAAUAUAAUAUCUGAUAUAAUGAUAAUUUUGUAUUCUUUUAUAUUGUAUUUUUUUCUUUUCAGUAAAAGAGAAUUAUAAAUGAUUCUA